AUGAGCUACUAUCUUCACGAUGUAUUCUUCGACAAACGUCGCACGUACGAUUUCGACGUCGACGAGGACCCUGAGGAUCAAAACAAACCAAUGAGCCACUGGCAAAGAAACAUCCGGAAGAGACUGUUGGGAGGAGAUAAGGUGAAGCUAAAAUCAAACUUUGCAGUUGCCUCCCAUGUCCAACUCGGAACUAGACCAGAAGAAGAGAAGAACUCCAUGAGGAAGACCUACACGCCAAGAGAGUCCAAGUUCACUCCUGGAAUACUCAGUGAUAGACUGAGGGACGCAAUAGGUCUUCGUGAUGGAGAACUUCCAUUGCACAUUCAUAAAAUGAGGAAUAUGGGAAUUAUGGAAGGGUAUCCUCCGGAUAUCUUAGAAAGAUGA